AUGGCUGGAGCUCUUAAGGGUCCCAGGGGCCCUGAGCAGGAGGAGUGGAGGAAGUCCAAGGAAAGAUGGAACAACUUACCCAGAGAAACAGUGCUCCAGGACUACCCACUCCCUACUUCCUGCCCUGGCACUCACCCCUACUUCAACCUGCCAACUUCACCCAGUCAUCAUGGCUGGCCCUCCACUCCGCCCAGCCUCCCCCGGCACCUGUACUGCCACCCACGAGUCUGCCUGUGGCCCGGCUGCCCCUUCUCCCAGGCGUCUUACCAGAUUUCCCACUUAUCCUUGCUGGAGCGGCUCAUCUGUUGAUGCCUCUUCCACCUCCCCUUUGCCGGCCCCUGCCUGUACGCCCUCACUCAGGUGAUGCCUGCUGGCAACGCUGUCCUCGUUCACAGAAGUUUUUCCAUCAUCUGCUCUGUUCUCCUCGCCCUCUGUCUCGAGAGCCAGGGUCUCAGUCACGAGGACCGGUAUUGCCUAGUGGGCAGCUCCGUGGGACUCAUCCUCAUUGUGGGACCUGGACUAGGGAUACCCGAGGGGACGAAGGGCCUCUGCAUGGCUCUGAGCUGUGUGUUCGCUUUUCUGGGCGGCCUGGCACUAUCGCUGGAGCUUCCCCUCCUGCCUACCAACAGUGCCUUCCUGUUUGGCUUGAUGGACCUGGUGGGCUGUGUACCAGGCUUUCUCCUUUCCCCUGCUGCCCAUUGAUCCUCUCCUCUGAGUUGGAGCUGUGUGAGGGCGGUGGUGAUCUUUGCUCUGGUCUUUUGUGUGAGCUAUUCGGUCACCAAGGUCCACCCUGCCCUGGUGUGCACUAUCCUGCACUCUGAGAGUCCACUCCCUGAGGUGGUGGUGGCCCCCGCGAUGCUGCAGUAUUAGGUGCUCUAUGAGACUUGCGAGAGAGAUGGUGGCACCUCUGACAUCACUGGGGCAGUGGUUGUGCUGGCCAUCACCAAGGCCCAGAACCUCAGCUGCAGCGGCCAGCCGCCUUCCGGACAGGCCGGAGCCGAGGUCUCCGAGCGGCUCCGGCCGGGGAUCCCGCACUCGGGCCGCAUACAGGGCUCCGCCGUUCGCGGCCAGAAGAUGCCCACCCGUCCCAGGAGGCCUCUCGGCAAAUAG